AUAUAUACGAUCCUUCCACCUACCUUCCUCAAGCUGCCCCCUGCCCUUGCCUUGCUGCUCCAGAAUCCAGAUCACUGGUGGUAGACGGUAGUGGUGCGCGCGCGAGCGAGGUAGCUAGAGCAGGAGAGUGUCCGAGUUCAGAGAUGUCCAUGGCGCCGUACGAGAAGGUGAUGGAUGACCUGGCCAAGGGGCAGCAGUUCGCGACGCAGCUGCAGGGCCUCCUCCGGGACUCCCCCAAGGCCGGCCACAUCAUGGACCAGAUCCUCCACACCUUCUCCCGCGCCAUCCACGCCGCCAAGGCCGCGGCCGCGGCCAGCGCCAGCGAGAGCGAGGUCACCGAUGGCGCAAGCAGCGGCGGGAAGAGGAAGUCCGCCGCCGGUGGAGGACCGCGCAAGGCCUGUCGGACAAGGACCCAGGAUUCGUCCGUCGUGACGAAGAACAUGAAGAGCUUGGAGGACGGGCAGACCUGGCGCAAGUACGGGCAGAAGGAGAUACAGAACUCCAAGCACUCAAAGGCCUACUUCCGGUGCACGCACAAGUACGACCAGCAGUGCAUGGCGCGGCGGCAGGCCCAGCGCUGCGACGACGACCCGGACACGUUCAGGGUCACCUACAUCGGCGUGCACACCUGCCGGGACCCCGCCGCCGCCGUGGCGCCGCAUGCUCCUCACCUCACCGGCACCGCAGCCGGCUGCCACCUCAUCAGCUUCGCGCCGGCCGCUGCUCAUGGCACCACCACCAGCACCACCACAACGAACACCAACCUGGUCGACGACGCUGCUGCGACGGGGUCCGGCCUGCAGUUGCCUGGCCUGAAGCUUGAGGGCGGCGACCUGGAGGAGGUGCUGAGCAGCCGCACGCCAGGGAGCUCUGCCCUGUACGGCGCCGCGGCGGCGGCGGCUUGGCCUGACCAGGGCGACGUCACGUCCACCCUGCAGUACGGUGGUGCCGGUGCCUUUGGAGGAGGGCUCUUUGAUGGUUACCCGUAUCUCGAGGACCUCCUGUCGUACGAUCUCGACCAUUGAUCGGUCGAGCUGUGGAUUGGGAGGAUCGACCGAUCGACUUGACGCGUAUAUAUAUAUGCAAAUAAUGGUCGCGCGGAUCUUCGAUCUUCCCGGUUGCGCGUCGUAGGUUUAGUUUGUACAUUUCUUUUCUGCAUAGUGUCACUUUGAAGCUGCAUCUUUGCUACUCCAUCCGUCCCAUGUGUACGUGCAUUAUGUUAGCCUUUUAGCUGAGCCGAGACUUUUGAUUCUCGCAAGUGGCUGAGAAGUGAACACAAACUUUCAGUAUAUUUUGCACUCCAUCCUA